AGUGCUAGUUGUGGCUUCCGUAGUCGAGUGGGGUUAGUUCCGUCUGUGCGCAAAUUCCCCUUAGGCCGAGAAAAAGUUCCAAAGAACAUUGCCAUUUCAACCGGGAUAUUGGAUGAGAAAACAAGUGAAAUUCCUUUGAGAAGGCGCAGUUCCUCGUUGGAACGUCGUGCUAUCGAAGGAAAAGAAGACGAUUUUUCAUGAGCAUUCCGCCUAUCAAUGCCGUGCUGUCUCAUGUAUUUACUUUGUGCACCCCAUUCACCCUAGAUUGUUCAUAUGAGCAUUGAUAUAAAAGAGACGACCCCCGAACGGGAAACAAUUCUCUCAAGCGAAGGCGCAAUCGCACCACGCUCUCUCCCACUGUGUGGAAUAGUCAUUUGAAUGUCGUUAAUGGUGACGCCUUUGCUAAGCGCGUUCAUCAGUGGGGUGCAUCGAAAUCGUAGCUAGCUGAUUGUUUGUGCAAUCUGCUUAGUACGCGCUACCGUAGAGAAGCCUUCGAUGAAGAUUUGCGCUCGGCGUGGCAAACAGAGCACCUUAAUGCCGUAGUCGAUCGGAUGAUUUGUAGCUUUACGGUGAGCGCAUAGCAUCGAAAUGUGGCGAGUCAAAGGAAAUAGAAAGCAGCUGCAAGUAACUCAUUCGGACGAAAACUCCACUCAAGUGAUCUCAGUAGUAUGGGCCUUCGUAAUCACUGUGGCUAUCGUUGGAAUAUUCUUCCUUGUGCAGCUGAGCUGGACCUCAUUGCCAACGCCGUUGCAUUCAAAAGAUGAGCUCUCCAAUCCGGGUCGCUUCAUCGCUCAGGUGGCGCAAGAAAAUCUAGUCGCGCUAACCAGCAAUGGUCCCCGGGUGGGGGGAAGCUACAACAAUGAAGUUUUUACGACCGAUUUUCUGCGCAUGAGAAUUGCGGAAAUAAUAUCUCAGGCGAAUCCCGUGCACAAAAUUGAAUUGGAAACCCAGAAACAGAAUGGAUACAUUAACCGUAACGUGUAUCGUGAGGUGCAGAAUGUGCUGGUGAAAAUGGUACCAGCAGGGCUGCCAGAGCCGGAUAAUUAUCUGAUGCUCAGCUCGCACUACGACAGUGUCCCGCAGAGUCCCGGCGCCGGCGAUGCCGGCGGGAUGAUCGUUGUGAUGUUAGAAGUACUGAGAAAGUUGUCCCAGGAUAGUGCCCAUUAUCAACACGGGAUCGUGUUUGUGUUCAAUAAUUUGGAGGAGAAAGGUUUGAUAGGAGCACACGCAUUCGCCGGUUACCAUCGGUGGUGGGGAAAAGUGAGGGCGUUCAUCAACAUGGAUGCAGCUGCCAGUGGAGGUCGCGAAAUAAUGUUCCAAGCUGGACCAAAGUACUCCUUUCUGAUGAAGUAUUACAGAGAUUACGUACCCUAUCCCUCGGGUACUGCCGUAGCCGAAGAACUGUUUCAAGCGGGACUGGUGCCCUCUAACACAGACUACUACAUGUACGCAAUGGUACUGAAGGGACCACCUGGAAUGGAUUUUGCCCAACCCUCGUGGGGCUACAUGUAUCAUACAGAGUUCGAUUCCAUAGAUUCAGUUCCGCUGGGAGCAUUACAACACACCGGCGAUAACAUACUUUCCCUGACUCGAGCUUUGGCCAACGCUCCGGAAUUGUUGGAUAUCGAGAGUCAUGAAGGAGGAAAGGCAAUAUUCUUCGAUUAUAUCAAUUUGUUCAUGGUAUACUAUCCGGAUUGGGCAGGUAUUCUGCUCAACUCGACAAUGAUUAUCAUCGGGUUAGGUUUACUCGCUGGAUCUCUAUACGUUUUGGCCUUAGAUGAGAGUAUAAGUUUUAAAAGAAUUGUUCUUCUACUUAUGGUACAUUCCGGAGGGCAAUUGUUGUCCAUCGUUGUUGGAGUCAUCUUUUCCAUGUUGAUGGCAGUAAUACUUAAUGCGAUUGGUUAUUCAAUGUCUUGGUUCUCGGAAACUUGGCUAGUCUCUGGAUUGUACAUGUGUCCGUUUUUAAUCAGUGCCAUACUUGGACCGGUACUGAUGAUCCGUUGGUAUAAAUUACGUGAUGUCGUUCUACAGACCCGGAUAAUUCUUUUUCUUUUCGGACAACAGCUUAUUUUUUUGAUGGUUCUGAUCGUCACGACAGCUAAGGCUCUACGAUCGGAUUACGUCCUUACGAUGGGUGUGCUGUUUUUCAACGCUUCUACGAUAGUUAACCUGAGCACACGCUUUAAAAAAUGUCACUGGAUAUACAUUCAUCUAUUUGGGCAGCUCAUUCCCAUCGCCUACUACUGUUAUAUUGCACAGGUUACAUUCAGUGUAUUCAUCCCAAUGCAGAAUCGUACCAACGCAGAAGCAAAUCCGGAAAUAAUUGUUUGUGUCUUCAGUAUUGUCGAUAUCGUGCUGAUUUCCAGCUUCUUAACACCGCUGGUUGCGGUGACCGAUCGACCUAUUGUGUACCUUACAGCUGUCGUUCUCUUUUGGGUUAGCUCUCUUAUAGUGAUGCUCACUCCGGUGGGAUUUCCCUAUCGAGCCCAAGCAUCGCCCCAACGACACUAUGUCUAUCACAUCGAACGUAAUUUCUACGAAUUCGACGGUCAAAUACGCCUGGCCGACAGCCACUUCUAUGUGCAACCUCAGGACGUUCACACCCCAAGUCUCAUCAAACCUGUCGUUCCGGAGAUGGAGCGAGCCAUCCAGCUGAUGGAAUGCAGGCGAGAGCUUUACUGUGGUAUACCAGGCAAUCUCUACCACACCCGUCACAUAGGAUGGUGGAUACCCGCCGAAAGUCCCCGCUUUCCGACGCCCGUCCGGCUGCGACUGCUCGAGCAGAGCAGCCUUUCGCCGAACAUUACUCGCUUUGACUUUUCCGUACAGGGAACGGAUCACAUGCGGUUCUAUGUGUCUCCAAUGGCGAACCACAAAUUGAUUGAUUGGAGUUUUACCGAGAAGGUUACAGACAGCGGAGAGCUCUGGAAUGGACAGCAGGUGCACUUCGUUGUUUUCAUGCAGGGAAAUGAAGAUGCAGUAAAUCGAUUCUGGUUGACCGUUGAACAUGGAGUUGAUAAACCCGUUGCCCAACCAAGCUUCCAUUUCAAUGUGGUAGCUCAGUAUAUGCAUCAUGAGAAGUACCGAACGCCGGGAUUUCAGCGGUUUGUCAAUAAUUUUCCGGAUUACGCUCACGUUGUGGCGGUUCCAAUCUUCGUGGAAGGUAGAGUGUUUUGAGGUUCCUUUUUUAAAGAUGUCUUUUAAAUUUUUAAAGUUAAAAAGUAAAGAAAUAGGAAUUAUAUUUGAUACAAUAAUUCUCAAUCAAUAGCGCUCAAUAUCGGCAAUGAGAACUUCAAUUCUCGCUUCUAAAUUUUCAAUAAUUUGGGGAUGGUUGACGCAGAUAAAAAAAAUCAACAAGAAAUAAAUAAAAUGGUGUUAAAGGGAAA